AUGUCACGUGUGUAUCGCAGUGAGGGGGUUGUAUCAGAGGAAAGUGCAGGCUCGUUUCUUGAGCACCUUCCUUCUGGUACGCCCGUGUACUAUUACAACAAACAGUGUGCUAUGGAGACCCUCUCGUCUGCUUGUGAGGAUUCGGUCGGGGAUUGCUUUGUCGUCUUGAAACAAUUUCCACCAGAGACAUUCGCCGAGCAAGAGGAACAAUUGCCAGGACGCUGUGACUAUUCGCCAUCACUUCAAACCCUUAUUAUCACGAUGCCCAGUCCACCACACGAAGCGGCCGCCUCCAUGUUUGAGCAAAUGAUUACGAAAGUCACGCAAGAGAUGGGGGUCAACAGACUUAUUGCACCACGCGGAGCGACUCUUGUGGAGACUCCUGGCCGAAGCAAGCAGGCAGACCGAUCCUGGAAGCCACGCCGCCAAGGGAGAAAUUUCCCAACGGUGGCAUUGGAGGUUGGCUUUUCACAGACAACAGCAAAGCUGGAGAAGGACAUCGCCUGGUGGAUCAAUGAAUCAAAGGGUGAAGUGAGAAUGGGGAUUACAGUCGAUAUCAAGAGAAAAUCUGGCAACAUUGAAAUCAAAUCCUGGUCCCCGGCAUUCGAGCCACCACUCAGCCACGUCUAUCUCACCAAAGGCGGUCGCCACGUUUUCGAUAGAGGCAUCAACGAUCUCCCAUCACCUCGACUGACUCAAAGAAUCCUCAUAAAGGAAGGGAGAGAUGGCUCUGGUCCUACUAUUGAAGGAGGGCCCCUUACUGUGCCGUUCCACACCCUUCUGUUGAAGGAGCCAGGAGAAGGCGAGGGCGAUUUCGUGUUCACAGCCGAUAUGCUUUUGAACGAUUUGGCAGAUUGUGUCUGGGAUGCGAUUGAGAAUGCCUAA